ACAACAUGUCGGACAAUCGGGCAUCUUGUGAGGAACUUCCAGCCAGCAGUAAAGCUGGCGCGAGGACGGAAUCCAGAUCAAGUUUGUAUGAAGAUGACGUUCCGCAGUCGGCACGUAGUGACGGCGCAGAUACCCCGGAUGUUGGUGAGAUGGAUAACGAACAGCGGGACAGACUACGGCUGACACGUGACCACAUCGUGCUGAGGUUACAGACUGGUCACGUGUUGGACCAUCUUCUACAGGAAAGGGUCAUCAGCGACAGGGACGUGGAUGAGAUCAUGGACCCCGAGAACGACACUAAGCAGCGCGCGUCCGUUCUGCUGGAAAUCCUCCCCAGGAGAGGUGCGCGCGCCUUCAAGGUCUUCCGGGACUCCCUGCUGCUGUGUGAGGCGGCCGACUACUCGGACCUGGUCACCGAGCUGGACAGGGUCGUGGUGGGGGGAACAGGAAUGCUACAGAAGGACGACAGAAUCCAGGUGGUCAUCCGGGUGCGCCCCUUGCGGGGAGAGGAGAAAGAGCAGGAGGAGGGGUGCCUGACUGUGGACACACGUCUCAUGCAGAUCUCCGUACCUACCAUGAACAAUGGCGUUCAACAGUUUAUCUUCAACAAGGUGUUCCCCGAGGAGACCACGCAGGCAGAGAUUUUCAACACCAUGGCCAGCCCCAUUGUGGACGCAGUUCUGGAGGGGUACAACGGAUGUAUACUUUGUUACGGAAAAACUGGCUCCGGGAAGACUUACACCAUGGCAGGACCAUCGGAUAGAGACCUGAACGAGAAAACAGAAGGCAUCAUCUACAGAGCAUUGAAACAGCUGUUCCUGAAGUCUCAGAAGAAAAAGGAUUGGAACAUCGCCUUCUUCGUCAGUGUCCUCGAAAUUUACAAUGAAAAGGUGUUUGAUCUGACGGUGCCAAGGAAGGAACGCCCGUCACUGGACAUCAGAGAAGACCCGUCCAACAGUUUGUUCUUCGCUAACAAUCUGGAGAAACACAACAUCACCAACGCCAUGGACGCCAUCAGGGUGUUCUUUGAGGCGUCAGCGUCAAGGAGAAGCAGAGCUACGGAGGUCAACGAACGCAGUUCGCGGUCUCAUAUGGUCUUCCAGGUUGUGGUGAGCAUCCUCCACAAAGAGGGGACAGAAUCAGGCCGUACGGGAGAGUUGUACCUGGUGGAUCUGGCUGGCAGCGAGACCGCAGGGGAAGUCAACAAGGACGCCGAGGGGCUCCGCGAGGGCGCCAACAUCAACAUGUCCCUUCUGCACCUCAAGGAAGUCAUCCGAGACCUGUCCGUUAAAAACCGCCAGGACUUUAAAUUCAGACGCAGCAGUUUGACUAUGCUGCUGAAGAGGGUUCUGACGGGAAAUUCGAAAACCGCUUUCAUCGUCAAUGUGGAUCCAUCUAAGAAGUCGCUGCGGGACACAAGAAGGUCUCUCGACUUCGCUUCGGAUGCGAAAAAGGUCAAAGUCAAGCCGAAGAUCAACUACAGCCCUUUGGAGUCUCUCCUUAUUAAGUACUUGAAGGAUAUUGGAGACUUGAAGAGACAGAUAAAGACAAUGAAGAAGAGCCGUAAGAAAAGUGCAGACGGCAAAAAACUGAGGUCGGCACGGAAGACCUCAGAUGUGGGGACGGAGGCUGAAGUAGACACGGCAUCUCUUACAUCGGAGUCGAAGGAGUCGUUUGACGUGGACAGGGUCCGUGAGCUGGUGAACUUCAGCGUGACCAACACGGCGCAGGACUUCCGCGCCAAGCUGGACGGGCUGCUCGAGGAGGAGCGCCGAGAGAUCAAGGACGAGAUCUCGGCACAGCUGAAGGGCUUCCAGCAGACCGUACAGGAGAAGAGCGAACAGGAGGCACAGCAAGCAAAAGAGAGCGUGGUGACCACAGACAAGUUGCUAGAGGAAGUUCACAGCAAGCAACAGCAGGUUUUGGAUGAACAACUGCAGACUAGACAGCUGCUGACGGACAUUAAGGAGCGGACAGCGGAAGAGCACACACGUGACGACACAUCCGGUCAGCUCAGCGACCAUGUGCAACAAAUGAACUUGGCAAUGGAGGACCUGAGAACUUUAAACCGAGAGUUGAGGUACGAGAUGGAGUCUCACUUAGAGAACAUCCGACAAGACAUGAGGAACAGAGAUGAUAUCACUGAUAAAAGUUAUCAUGAAGAAUUCAAGAAGCUACAGACGAACUACGCAGACUUGAAGAUCGAGAUUAACUUCCUCGCACAAGCUUUCAAGGAACAGGCGAAGGCUGCCGAGGAGAGAAGGGCUCAGGACGAGACCGAGGCGACAGCGACAGAUGGUGAUACACAAACAGUCAAGCCCAACCAUGGGUCCAGAACUAGUACUCCGCCACACAGAGAUCCCCUAUCGUCGCUAGAAGCUGGCACUGAGACUUCGUGUUGCGAGUGUUGUGAGGUGUGCUGUACGGGUACCUGGUACAGGCGGCCGGGAUACGCGUGGUUCAGCGUGCGGGGCAAAGGCGCUGGCUGGGUGACACUGCUGGUCAUGUUUCACCUGCUUCUCUGCCUGCCCAUCUUUCCCAUCAUCCUGUUUUAUUUCUACACGAGGAGAUAUUACCAGGAGACAAGUCGGCUGCAUCCGACCGGAGAAUCACCGAUGAAAGAGGACGGAGAGACAAUGUCGCGGGCGAUACAGGACUCCUAG